UAACUUUAUUUUGUGCCAACAAAAGAAAGAUUUCAAUAUAUAUAUAUAUAUAUAUAUAUGUAUGUCUGAGUUAAGAAUAUAACUAUUUGAUUGGUAAAACAGAGGGUGUAUCAAACGGCAACAGCCAAUUAGAAACACACAAAUCGGCUGAUAGAAUGUUCAUAAAGAGUCGUCCUCUGUUAGCGAUGUUCUAUUUCUGAUUCGAUCUACAGAGCUCAGAAAGCUUCUCUCGAUGCUGGAAUCAUUGUAUCUGAUGAAGAGGUUGUUCAGAAUGGGAUUUCUGAUCCAAGCCAUCUUCUUGUGCUGUCUGACAUUGGACUCCUUUGUAACAGGGCAAGAGGAUGCGCAACCCACCGUUACGACAAAAUACGGAACACUCCAAGGUAAAAGGGUAUCGGUAAAAGAGACAACUCAGGAAGUGACUGCUUUUCUCGGCGUCCCCUUUGCGAAGCCACCGGUUGGAGAAUUAAGGUUUGCACCCCCCCAGCCCCCACAAGCUUGGAGCAAUGUCCGAGAUGCCACCAAAGCACCACCCAUGUGCAUACAAAACAAACACUGGAUGGAAAUGAUGUCGGCUUUGUUCCCGGUUAAGAUCGAGUUACCCCCGAUUUCGGAGGACUGUUUGUACCUAAAUAUCUACACUCCAGCAAAGUCGACCUCACCGGAGGAUUCCAAACUACCGGUCAUGGUGUCCAUACAUGGCGGAGUUUUAUUAUUUGGAGGAACCCCCUUUUCUCCUGGAUCUGCUUUAUCUGCCUAUGGAAAUGUAGUGGUGGUGUCAAUCCAGUACCGACUCGGAGUCAUGGGUUUUUUAAGGGUUGAAAAUGACGGGGAUACGGAAAUACCCGGCAACUUGGGGUUCUUAGAUCAACUAGAAGCUCUAAAGUGGGUCAAUCAGAACAUUGCAGAUUUUGGAGGUGACCCCCAGUCAGUCACCAUAUUCGGGGAAUCGGCAGGCGGUGCGAGCGUGGCUGCCCAUGUAUUAUCUCCUUUAUCCAAAGGUUUGUUCCACAAAGCCAUAGCGCAGAGUGGCGUAGCUCUAAUUCCCCAUCUGGUUGCCACGACACCCGAACAAGAAGCUAAUUCCCGCAAGAUAGUUGCCAACGCGUCUGGCUGCGCACUCGAAACACUGGCCACCUGUCUGAAGGGAAAAUCAGAAGCUGAACUUAUUUCAAUGACGGCAGCCUUGCCAAGUAUGUCCAUAUGUGCUACGGUGGACGGAGUUUUUCUUCCUAAAACCCCCUUAGAGUUGUUGGCCAAUAAAGAAAUCAAUGACGUUCCAUUCUUAGUGGGCAACAAUCAACAAGAAUUUAGCUGGCUAAUUCCAAUGCAACGGAAUGGACAAAGGAACAGCCCAGGCCUUGCUAAAAUCGUUGCUGCCCAAGGAUAUGUUCCGAGGCGCAUGCACAUACGUCGCAGUCAUACCACACAUGGAUUGGUUCUCACCUACGUUAAACUGCUUACCUCGCAGACUUUUCCUGAAGCUGCCCUUCCUAUUGUGAUGGCGGAGUACUUUCCUGAUGAAGUUUUUGACCUUCUGGAAAUCCGUGACAAGUUCCUGGAUUUGAACGGGGACCUGUUAUUUGUUGUUCCAGGUCUCAGGACUGCGAAUUACCACCGAGAUGCUGGAUCCUGCGUUUACUAUUAUGAAUUCCGCCAUCGACCUUCAUCAUUCAAAGAUAUAAAGCCGCCGUAUGUCAAAGCUGAGCACGGGGACGAACUCCCCUUUGUCUUCGGGGGUCCUUUCUUGAACGACAGUUCCUUCUUCACAAUGACUGCGACCGAUGAAGAAAAAAGCCUAAGUAGAAGAAUGAUGACAUAUUGGGUUAACUUUGCUCGAAAAGGAGACCCCAAUGGAAAAGGACUGGUACUAUGGCCAAGGUUUGGCCAAGACAAAGCUUAUAUAAGGAUCGACUUAAAGCAAGAAUCAUCUACAAACUAUAAAGAGGACAAAUACAGCUUCUGGAUCGAGACCCUUCCCCAAUACUAG